AUGCUCAACAACAUUUAUGCUCUCAUCACUGGCAAUCCACUGCCAUCAUCAGAUUCAUUGCAAUUAAAUAAUACGCCAGAGGAUGAGGAAAAAUCAAAUCAAUCGUGUCCACCGUCAUUCUAUGAAGAGAGUGGGAUCUUUUUUAAAAGUUAUGAUUCUUUGGAAUAUUGUAAAUAUUUGUAUGAUCCAAAUCAAUUCGUUGCACAAUUUAAGAGUUGUUUAGAGGAAGAGAAUUUUACCAAGUUGAGAAAUUUGAGAAUUCUUAUUCAACAUCAAACAACUCAUAUAUGUCGUACUAGAAAGUAUAAUUUCAGGCCAAUUAAGGUGGAAGGUGAGGUUAAGAAGAAGAAUGUUGAAUUGAAAGAGCAUGUAUUAGUGAAUGCUUCCAUCAAUAGUAAAUAUUAUAGAAAUGAAUUAUUGGAUGUGAGUGAUAAGGUUGGAAAUCCAGAGAAGGAUACUCAAGUUUUGGUUUUUAACGGAGAUUGCCUUGAUAUUGCAUUCCAUGUUCAAGAUUUAUUGAUGAAGGAAGGUCAAUUAGGAAAGGAACGAGUUGCGGUUUUGAAUAUGGCCAAUCCCGAGCAACCAGGAGGAGGAUACAAGACUGGGUGCGGAGCUCAAGAAGAAAACUUACAUAGAAGAUCAAACUUGUAUCAAUGUUUGGAUAAUCCAGUUGAUAGAAUCGAUAAGAAAAGAACAUGGUCCUAUCCAAUUGGUUAUGAGAGUGGUGUCUUUAGCCCAGAUGUAACUGUUUUUAGAGGUUGUGAGGCCAAGGGUUAUCCACUCCUCUCAGCUCCAAGAUUAAUUGAUGUUAUCACCGCAGCAGCAGUUCCUAAUUCUGCAUACAAUGAUGGAAGUAUCGAUAAUAGAAAUAUUGGAUCCAUUGAGGCAAUAUUGAAAAUUGCAGUUCAACAUAAGGUGAGAAAUCUUGUUCUUUCAGCUUUGGGUUGUGGAGCUUUUAGAAAUUCUCCAACAGCUAUCGCUCAAGUUUUCAAGGAAAAGAUUGAAAGCACUGAAUUCAAAGGUCAUUUUGAUAGAGUUUUCUUUGCAAUUAUCGAUGAUCACAAUGCAAAGAAAGUGCACAAUCCAGAUGGAAAUAUCAAACCAUUCGUCCAAGUGUUUUCUAAAUAUUUGAAGGAGAGAGAAGAUUUGCCACAACUCAUUGGACAACAAUUUGAUUAUGAUUAUGAUAACAUGGCAUUAGAAUAUCAUGAAUUCUAUGCAAAUCUCUAA